AUGAACGCUUCUGCACCAACAGGCGGUCCUGAAAAGGCGUCGGCUCGUGAACCCGUCUCUCUGCACUUGCUCGCAAACCUUGAAGGUCACUCAUCACGUGCAUGGCAUCUCGCAUGGAACCCUCGGAUGCCCAUCUUGGCAUCCUGCUCCGGCGACAAGGACGUUCGUCUGCACGCCUACUCGUUCGUAUCAACGACUUCAGCCGAUGGUCCAUCAAGCUCAAAGCAGCCAUCCUUCAACCUACGCGAGGCGAUAGUGACAGGUCAUCAGCGCACAGUCCGACAAGUGGCGUGGUCGCCUGAUGGCAAGAUUCUCGCCACAGCCUCGUUUGAUUCGACAGUAGGCAUAUGGGAGAGGAUACAGGAUAUCGACGGCACCUCCGAGCUGGAAAGCAACCGUGACGGUCCAGGCCCGGUCGCGCUGAGCAAUGGUGGAGCACACGUCGACCAGCUCGAAUGGGACUGUGUCGGUACACUGGAAGGUCACGAAUCGGAAUGCAAGUCGGUUGCCUUCUCACACACAGGCGGUUUGCUUGCAUCAUGCAGUCGAGACAAGUCGGUAUGGAUCUGGGAGGUGCAACCUGAUGCCGAGUUCGAGUGUCUUUCGGUAUUGAUGGAGCAUUCACAGGAUGUCAAGGCGGUGGCGUGGCAUCCAAGGGACGAGAUGCUUGCAUCUGCAUCCUACGACGACGCCAUCAAGCUUUACAUCGACGAUCCUUCCGAUGACUGGUUUUGCUUCACCACACUCACAGGUCACGAAUCGACGGUCUGGAGUCUCUCCUUCUCACCUUGCGGCAACUACCUCGCUUCGGCCUCAGACGAUCUCACUGUUCGCAUUUGGCGGAGGCUGGACGCAGAUCAAUGCGAAGCACGCGGCUUGAAACCAGAAGGCAAGAUGGCAGGUCGCCGAGGCGAAAAAUGGAUGCUUGUCAGCGUGCUUAAAGGUGACCACGAUCGCACAGUCUACAGCGUCUCUUGGGGUGUCGACAAGACUUGCAAACGUCCUGGCAACCUCGGACGUCUAGCAAGUGGUGGUGGCGAUGGCCGAAUCUGCGUCUACGAGCUCUCAGAAUCCGAGAACGCAGAGCAGCUGGCGCCGAAAGUAGAGCUGGUUGCAAAGAUGGAAAGGGCACAUGCAAGUGCCGAUGUCAACUGCCUAUGCUGGGCACCUGAAAGCUUGAAUGCGCGAUCGAGCUCAACAACGGCCCAGAUGGAGAAGCUGAUGAACCAAGGCGAGAUGCCUAAAGGCCUAGCAGCAGGCGGCGUAUCGCAUGAGAUCAUGUCGGAUAUGCUUGCAAGUGCUGGCGAUGAUGGAAGCGUCAAGGUAUGGACCUUGCCUAGCUCGCCUUACGCUGUGCAGGCUAGCUCUGCCUAA